AUGACGACCCAGCCCGACUCGGCGCUGAUACGGCGUCUUUUCCGUGAUCUCCGCGGUACCUGGCAUCUCAGUCGCAAGUUACAAGGUGGACAUCCAUCAGAGCCGUCGGGUCGGUGCGAAGGGAAUGCCACCUUCACACACAAACAGCCAUCCCCAGUCCUCGAUGCAGACGGCAAGCUGCAAAUUGCCGAUGCUGAGCUCCUGUACCAUGAAGAAGGCGAGUUCGAGAUGGGCCUUCCAAGCGUAGGUCAAACCACAACAAACGUGCCAAAAUUCCCAUUCUCGCGCAAGUAUAUUUGGCGUCUACAAGAAUCCGACGACAAGGUGUCGAUGAGUAUCUGGUUCACCAAACCAGGCACCAGUCUCAUCGACUAUCUCUUCCACUCUGUCGAUGUUGUACGGGAGGACGACGGCGGCAGCAGCAGCAGCGACAACCCAGAAACCCCCAUUGUCCUACAAGGAUCGGGUGGUCAUCUCUGUGUCGACGACUACUACAGCAGCUCCUACAGCUUCAAUCUGUCAUCGAAGGACCAUACCUCCGCCGGUCUUUUGUCUUGGAGCAUGAUGCAUGAAGUCCGCGGACCCAAAAAAGAUCAAAUCAUCGAGACAACCUUCACAAGGACCUGA